AUGUCGAUGCCUCAAGUAUCAGCAGCGGUGCCAUCGGUGGGACAAGUGUCAAUGCCGAUUCAAACUUCUGCUUCAAAUGGGAGUUAUGUGCCGAUAAGUACUCCUAUUCGUGUUUCAGCAGUUGAUUCAUACUCAACGGUUUCAUACUCUAGGAUUUCAAAGCCCGAUGUUCCUCCAGUGUUUCACAAUCAAGGGCGGAUGGAUCAAACUCCGCCAAUGACUCCAGAGUUGACCCACCAAAGAUUUAUGGCGUUGGAACAACAGCUUGUUACACAUACAACCCGAUUUGAACAAGCACUACUUGUGAUAAGCCAACAGAAUGUGAGUUCCGAUUCAGGGAGUUUAGGUGUUAAUGCAUUGACGGCGUUAGGGACUGCAACAGGAAAUGAUCCCAUGAGAGAUAUAAUACCGAGACAGAAUACUAGGCAGGAAAAUGUUUCCCGGACAAUGCAAGGUGUGCAGAGGAAUCAGAGGCUUUUGCUUCAAGGUCCAACGGGUUCAGGUUCAAAUCAAGGCACCCUUGUCGAGAAUACGGAACGAGCAGGGCAAAAUGUUCAGGGAAACAAUGAUUGCCAUUUUAUUCUGUAUCAAAAUCGUGCUACGCUGCCAAUAUCAAGAGGUAAUAAUGCAGGUGCCAAUUUUAUUGAUCCACAUAUACCUCAAGGGUUAGGCAUUGUGGUUUCUAAUCAGAAUGUAGUUCCGCCGCAUCCAACAUUGGAAGAAAAUAGAGAAGAACAACAGUGGAUGGAAUACAAAGCAAAUCAAAUUUUGAAUAGGAACAGAGCACAUGCUAAUGGUCACCCUUAUGGCAAUCCUUUAGGCGCAAACAUUAACCGGCAACGUGGACAAUAG